UGGCCUGUCCCAGGACACCCCAGGCCUACUGCAUGAGAGCUGCCCCAGGAGCACCGAGGACUAAUCCCGAGAGAAGCCAGGCCUACUGGAUGAGCAGACUGUCCCCGGAGAAGCCUGGACUUGAUAGGCGCUAGGUCUGACGUGUGAGAGCCAUCCUGAAUGCUGCUGGGAUUUCUUGUGUUCUGCUCGCACAUACUCUCUUGGGGAAAAUCCAUGAUUGAAUGGAUGCUGUUGAUUUGAACUGGGAUAAAAGGAAAAAAAUUCUUACGUAGCCUAUUGUAUCCAACAGGCCUGCGAUAGAGCAUCACUCAACUCUAGAAAGAGAGCUGUGGUGGAAAUAAAUUGGGCCAAACGAAGAGAGAUUCUGGCAAUUUUUUGAGUCAGAGAAGAGUUGCUGAUAAAAUAAUCUGGAAAUCCCAAUGAUAAACUGAGAUUUGCUGAAGUACAUAAAAAGAAAUCUUGAUCAAAACUGAGUGUAAACCAAAAUUUGGAUUAAAUGGUUCAGAGGCUUUUUGGAUUAAGUUGAGAAAUCUGCCUUGGGUAAAGAUACUAAUCCUGGGAGACAGCAGACAAGACAAACCUGUUUCAGGUGGUAAAACUACUGCAGUUUUGUGCUGCUGAGGUGGGAAUAGAGGACUGGAUAAUGAGUGUUCUUCCACAUUUUUUUUGUUUAAGGGAGUACUAACAAGAAGCAAAGGAAGGGAUAGGUUACCUGAUACCUGGCAGAGUCCAAGUCUGUUAAUCUCCAGCUGAAUAAGGUGGUCCUGUUUGGCAUGUUUUUUAUAUUUUGUUCUGUAAUAGAGGAUUGUGGCCUGUGGGGAUUUUUAACACUUUAAUGCUGGGUUUUUAAAAAUUCUUCUCUGCAUCUCUAAAAGAAUGUGCAUUAGAAUCUUUGCAAAUAUCUUUCUCUUUAAAAGUAUCUGAUUAAAGUGCAUGUUGUUUGAAAUUUAAAUUAAAGCAUUAAGUUGUCACAUGCACAGACAUUUAGCUGACCAAAAGAAAAUUAUUUUAAACAAGUUUGGUUUAUUCUAGUCUUGCUAAACGGUUUGGAAUCUGCAAGUAGGUUGAAGCUGUGCUUGACUACAAAUAGUUAAAACUUGGAUGCUGCAGCAUUUUGAGCCCUAGAGACUCUGCUGGUAAAUCAUUCAUGAAAUUUUUGUUUUGUACUUUUUAAUACCAAAAAUGUUAGGUAUAUUUUAUCUUAACCAGUCUUAAAAAAUAAAAGACUCUAGAGAACUUUCUUCAGGGCUAGAGAGGCAAAUUAAAAUUUGUUUUAUUUGGAGAUAAAUUUAAUUGUGAGGCUGGUUUUUGGGAGAAACCAUAGAUUUAGGGCAAAAUUUCAGCUUAUGCUGGAGGGAGGGAAAAGAACCUCAAAGUAUCUCCAUCCUUUACUUCUGUAGCCUUUGGAAUUAAUCUGGCACCACUCCUGGGAUAUCAGACACUUUACUUCCUACACCAUUUUGGGAUAUAAAGGUGCAGAGUGAACUAAGAAACUUGAACAUAUCCAUUGGGGACUGAUGCUGAGGAAGAGCUGACAUACAAAGGGAUAAAGUCCAUAAUAUUAUACAGAAAUGGAUGUGUGGUCAAGAGUAGCAGUGUGGAUCCUGUGUGGUUUUCUUCUGCACCAAGGACAGGGGGAGAGGCCCCCAGGUACCCAUUUGGAUGAAACUGCAAUUGCAGAGUUCUGUCGAAUUGAUGAGCCCUUGUGCCACAUCGAAGAUGAGCAGCUCAGCUUUGAAGCUGUCUGCAAUAUCCACAAGCAGAUGGACGAUGACGCCAAUGGCAACGUGGAUGUAGAGGAGAGCGAUGAGUUCCUGAGGGAAGACUUAAAUUAUCAUGACCCAACAGUCAAACACAGCACCUUCCAUGGGGAGGAUAAACUCAUCAGUGUGGAAGAUCUCUGGAAGUCAUGGAAAACGUCCGAAGUGUAUAACUGGACAGUUGAUGAGGUGGUGCAGUGGCUAAUCACCUAUGUAGAACUGCCACAAUACGAAGAAACCUUCAGGAAACUGCAGCUAAGUGGACAUGCCAUGCCCAGGUUAGCGAUAAACAAUGCCACCAUGAUGGGAACUGUACUGAAAAUGACUGAUCGGAGCCACAGGCAGAAGCUGCAGCUGAAAGCCCUGGACACAGUGCUGUUCGGACCUCCUCUCUUAACUCGUCAUAACCACCUAAAGGAUUUCAUGUUGGUGGUGUCCAUUGUCAUUGGAGUGGGUGGCUGCUGGUUUGCCUACAUCCAGAACCGCUACUCAAAGGAGCACGUGAAGAGGAUGAUGAAAGACCUAGAAGGGCUUCAUAGAGCUGAGCAGAGUCUACAUGACCUUCAAGAAAGGCUGCAGAAGGCCCAGGAGGAACACCGCACGGUGGAAGUGGAGAAGGUGCAUCUGGAGAAGAAGCUCCAAGAUGAGAUCAGCAUCGCCAAGCAAGAGGCACACCGACUGCGGGAGCUGCGCGAGGGGACGGAGAACGAGCUAAGCAGACAGAAGUACGCGGAGCAGGAGCUGGAGCAGGUCCGAAUGGCGCUGAAGAAUGCAGAGAAGGAACUUGAAUCCCACUGCAGCUGGGCCGCACCAGAGGCCUUGCAGAAAUGGCUCCAGCUGACCCACGAAGUGGAGGUCCAGUACUACAACAUCAAGAAACAGAAUGCGGAGAAGCAGCUGCUGGUGGCCAAAGAGGGGGCUGAAAAAAUUAAAAAGAAGCGAAACACCCUCUUUGGAACAUUUCAUGUUGCUCACAGUUCAUCCCUAGACGACGUUGAUCAUAAAAUCUUAACUGCGAAGCAAGCCCUGAGCGAAGUGACGGCUGCACUGCGGGAGCGCCUACACCGCUGGCACCAAAUCGAGCUGCUGUGUGGCUUCCAGAUUGUCAACAACCCAGGCAUCCACACGCUAGUGACAGCCCUGAACAUCGAUCCCAGCUGGUUGGGCACUUCCCGGCCCAACCCAGCGCACUUCAUCAUGACUGAUGAUCUGGACGAUCUGGAUGAAGAGAUUGUGUCUCCCAUGUCCAUGCAGUACGCAGCCUGGCUUUUGGGGCGCAGGUUCAGUGACCGCUCGUCUAUCUCCACGGAGGAUCUGUCCCUCUGGAAAUACCCUGCUGCCCCCUUGCCGAGCGGUGUCCGCCAGCGCGUCGUGGACCCGCAGCACUCCCUCGGAUCUCAGAGGUUGGUAGAGAGUUACGUGCAUGGCCAGAACGAGCCGGGCCAGCCUGCCCAUUACCUGCCAGGCAGAGUUGCUCUCCGUCGAAUGCACAGCUUCACUUCUGGACAGUCUUUUAGUUCCGACGCUCAUGGAACCAGCCCAGCAUCUGCCACCACCACCUCUUGCUCCUCCACCACCGCCACCACCACUGCACCUUCUUCUGCUUGCCAUGCCCACCCUAUCUAUUACCAUCACACCUCCUCCUCUUAUAUCCUCCAGCUGGACUCCACCCCUGACCUGCCCCCUCCUGAUGUCACCUCGGGGAUUCGCUGCCACGCUGAAAGCUUUGGAGACCUAACUCACUCCGACUCCGACUCCUCCUUCCUGUACAUGAGCGACCAUCAGCGCAUCCCAGGCUCUGCCCCCAAGCUCCUGGCCGCCAGGCCCCCGCUGCUGACCAGGUCCGCAGAGGAGUCGGCUUCAGGCCACCCUGCCGGCUGCACCCCGACCUCCAACGGAGGCAGCAGGCACGGUGAGGCCUCCUCGCUGGGGGCGUUGCAGGAGCGGCUGGCCGAGAGCCCGGUGGUGGCAAAGAAGAUGAUGAUGCUGAACCAUGGUAUGGAGAAGUCUGCCAGCCUCGGGGAGAUCAGCCACCCGACGGCGGGCAGGCAGAGCCACUCCGAUUCCUCCCGCUCACACAGCCCCAGCUCCACCGAGCCCGACACGCCCUCCCCCAUCUCCGACUCCAGGCCCAGCAAUGCUAAGAACACCCGCAUCCCGCAGCUGGCCACCAAGAAGAACGCCGGGGAAGAGGACAGCGGCUCCACGGGCGAGGAGACUGACUCCAGCCAGGGCAAGAAAAAGUUCCCCCUAAAGAUCUUCAAAAAGCCCAAGAAGUAGGAGGAGGAGGAGGAAAGCCAGCCACUGACCCAAUCCAUUGGGCAGGGAGGGGCGGGGCCCAGAGCCACGGGCGAGGGCACCUUCCCACCCCUUCCAGGAGCCACAUGGGUGGGGUGCUUGCGACUGCCCACCCCUCCUCCCCACCCCCAGAAACCCUCUGCCUCUCAAUCAAGUCAUGUAAAAUCUGCAGGGGGAGGAGCUGUUUAAACGUAUUUAUUUCCUGACAUGGAAACCAGCCACCCCUUCUCCCUCCCUCCCGUUCAGUAGCAGCCUGCUUUGCUGUGCAUGGCUUCUCAUGACUUCCGAGUGCUCCUGCCUCCACUCGGCCACACGGCAGUUAGGGUUUGUUUAAUGAGCUUUGAUUUUACCCCUUUCGGCUUCUUUGGGACUCCUGCACGUGUGGCUCCUGCUCAGCGUGAGAACCCCACCAGGGAAGGGUCCCUGUGGCCCAGACCCACCGCUUGCAUCUAUGCACCCCCAGGGCUUUGGCUUCCCUCUCGCCUGGGCCGGGGCAGCGGCUCGGGGAGGUCAGGGCCUAGUCCUGGCUACUCAGGGUUGAAUCCGCUGCGAUCUCUUCGGGUGAGCUGCCUCGUCUGUGGCUUUGCAGCUCUCUCGCGUGGGCAGCGUAGGGCACUUUGGGACAGACGCCCCGUGGCUGGGGUGACUGGAGGAGGAUGGGGCUUAUGCGUUUUUGGCAGGGGAAAGCAGAAGGCGCAUGCCAGCGAGCGGGUUCAGGGCUUUGUGUGGAGAGCAUGCAAGGGCCUGGCCGGUGUUUCUGCAUUCAGGAACCGUGGCCAAGUCUAUUCUAGGCACUGUUUGUUUCUUUAGCUGGCUCAGGGGAUGGCUGCAGCCUGCCGGAUGGGGGCCUGCUCCCUCUCAGCCUUCCCAGCCUCUGCAGCUGGAGCUGGACUUCCCUCGGCCAGGGCCAGGCACUGGGCAAAGGAAAUUGGGCUGGGGGAGGCGGGUGCUGCGAACCCCAGAGCAGCUUCCCACCGGGUCCAAGGGCCGCAAGCCAUUUGGGGACAGCCAGGCAACUUUACUGAGCUUCCUGGGUGAGUCGGGCCAGGCUUAGGGCCGAGAGGAUAGGCUGCUCCCGGGGCCUGGCCCCAGCGGCUUGGGGGUGAAUGAGAAUUCCCCUCAGGAAUAUUUGGGGGAGGGGCUGAAAUGGCUUGUGGGGGGUCGGCUCUGCUGUGUGUCGGGCUGUGUCCGAGGAGGGACUCAGCAGUCCUGCCCCGGGGGUGGUUCUAAUGCUGCCUGGCCUCCGGCACAUCCUCCCUGCUGUGAUUGCUGGGGGGGUGCCACAGCGAGAGCAAAAUGCCAGGCUGGGGGCACGCAGUGGUUUCUAAGCAGGGACUCCUGGGCCGAGCAGAGUUCUUACUUCCCAGGGCAGCUUCAGGCAGGCUGCGUCUGCCCCUUGGGGCUGGGCUCCUGGGGCGGGAGGAGCAUGGGGAGGAUGAGGUGGAAAAAGGGAGCUGGGGAGGGGAACCGGAGCUCUCUUCAGCUGGUGGGACACCUGCUGCGGCCACACGGCCAGGGAGGAGCGAUUGGCCUCGCCACGCUCUGCUGUGCCCCAGGGGGGUUCCCCUUUGCAGCUCUGCUCCCUGUUCAGACUAGAACCAGGCCGGAGGGGCCAGCAGCCGAGACCCCCCCCCGUACCCCCAGCUGGAGCAGUGUCGGUGAUCGAUUGACCCACUGAAUUGCUACCUCGACGUGGACGGCUGGAACCUGUCUGCAACCUUCACUUGAAGGAGAGCACCCAGCCCUCCCCACCUGUGCCCUGCCCCCCAUGCCCGAUCCCUCCCUUCCAUCCCAGUUUGGGAGGGCCCAGGUGUUAGGCCCCCACCAAAGAGCCCCAUGGCACAGGGCCUGGCGUUCUGUCUGCUGGCUUGUGGAGGAAGCCUGUGUUCUCGGGGGGCAGAGUGUGUGGCUGGGG